UUCAAAAUUUUAAUAGUCUUUGCUUAUUUAGGGCUGAAUUGUGAAUUUAUGAUUGGUGUUUUUGUGAACUCGUCAUUAAUUUGCCAUAACAUUGAAAAUCUUAUCAGAUUGUUCUUGCCUAUUUCAAGAAAUUAAGUAGCAAAUUAUUGUGAAUCCACGAAUUUAUCGAGAAAACCAUUUUCAAUAUGGCAGAAAAGUAUAACACAAAAUGUCCUGGUGUAAAACGCCUUAUGAGAGAGGCGUUGGAAUUAGCAGAAGCCACUGAUGAAUAUUGUGCAAGACCCCUUGAAGACAAUUUAUUUGAGUGGCACUUCACCAUACGUGGCCCAAGGGGAACCGAAUUCGAGGAUGGUAUAUACCACGGCAGGAUAUUGUUGCCGAAAGAGUAUCCAAUGCAUCCUCCUCAUAUUAUACUAUUGACUCCAAACGGCAGGUUUGAAAUUAAUAAGAAAAUUUGUUUAUCUAUUUCUGGUCACCACCCGGAGACCUGGCAGCCCUCCUGGUCGAUAAGAACUGCUCUGUUGGCACUGAUUGCAUUUAUGCCAACUCCUGCUGAAGGAACUAUUGGAUCACUAGAUUACACACCAGUGGAAAGGAAAUCACUUGCGAUAAAAUCUGCUAAUUGGGUAUGCCCACAGUGUGGCAAUAUUGAAGUUCUUCUGUCUUCAACUGCAGCUAAACCACCAACUGAUGAGGAGCAGACUGUUGUCAAUCAAAUAGCAUUUAAAGGUGAGGAGGAGCAAGCAUCUAAACCACCAGCAGAAUCUGCCUCUGAACCCCAAAACACACAGUUCACACCACAGGUCUUGGAGUCAUCUGAUUCCACCACUAGUUUCUUGGACCAGUUAACAGAAAUUCUUGUGGCACUGUUAGUAGGUGCAAUAGGAAUUUUUGUUUACAGGCGUUGGGAUGCUUUUGCUGCCUCUGAAACUACUGAUUUGUAGAUUUAAAAAUUGUAUCAUUAUAAUUGUGUAUUAAACUUGAGUUCUAAGUAAAAAUUUAUAAGUUUAAUGAAACUAUUGUAACCAAUUUCUUCUUAUUGUGGUAAUACAAUUGUAUCCUAAGUACCUAACAUAUGCUGCUUGUUCAUAGGUAGUUUUUUUUAUAAUUGUAAUUCUUUUUUUACUUGUGCCUUAAUUGUGAAGAUAAUAUGAUGAUAAGCCAAGGCAUGGAAUUUAUAGAAUAUUGUAUUCAAAUUAUUAUGACAUGAGAAUGUGAUUUUGUAGAUAGUAAUUAUUUAUUAUUAAACAAAGCUUUUGUGAAUUUAAGUAGGA